CAGAAACGUUUAAAGGUGUUAAAGGUGAAUACAUUGCACUUGGUCACCCAAUCACGUGCCUUGUCAAUACAACUCGGAAAGCCCCUGUAACAUCAUCGACAAGUUGACUGGACAGGUAACUUCCUCAUAGCUAGUACUGCCACACAACUUGAGUGCGCCAAUAGAAACGCAUGCAAUUUCACAUGCAAAGCUACUGUCACAAACAAGACUGUCAAGAGUAAAAUUAGAGCUCUGGUCGUGCGUCGUCAGAUUGGCAGACCACUGUGGCCUCGAACGGGCGCCGGUACACACUAAACAGGUGGAACAAUCUUGUGAGCCCAGCUUGCACCACCAGUUGCAUGGGACAUGUCUCGUCGGAAAUACAACUUUACCAUUGAUCACUCUAAGGGUGUGAAAAGUGGCGCGGUAACAUUCAUCAAGCAUCAGCCGCUCAUCAUUGUGGACGGCCCAGGCGAGGAUUCCCCGGAGGAAGACUGCCCCCACCACUUGGAGCGGAGUGACUCGGGGGUUUCUGACGUGGCGAUGACUGUUAACCGCCUGAUGCCGACCGAAACAGGAACUCCCUCAGAUCCGGAGGGGGCCUGCUCCAACCACCAUGACCAGAGAGAGAGUGGAAUAUUUGAGGGCGACGGAGACUUAGCUCGACCUGACACGGACUGUAAUCGCCUCUCGACUUUGAGUACCGACUCCGGAAGACCGUCCAGCAUGGAAGGAAUUCUGGACAACAUUUUGCCUCUUCACGAACGUACACAUAACGCCACAGAAGAGGAAUGGGAAGGAAUGGCAUUGAGAACAAGUAAGCAAGGGGAACACGACCGUGACUCAGCAAACAAUACCGACGCACCUGCGGCAAAAGGGGAAGCAACAGAACAGAUUGCGGAACUGGCGAAAAAGCCUUGGAGAUUUUCAAAACUGGAAUGCAGUAGGCCGCGCCGGUACAGUGGCUCUCCAAACCCAAGCCUGCCCCCACUUGACAACGAGUUGAAAGACUCUAACUUGGACAACUUGGACCACAUGAUGCCACGAAUCGGUAGCGGCGCGCGUACCAAGGGCCAGGAAUGUCUGAAAAUACCCCCACAAGACCAGUCUAGCGACAGUCAGACAGUGCAACAACUGGGUACAUCUCUACCGUCGGAUGAUCUGAUGACCGACUGUGCCAGCCCUGGGGUCGACCCCCCAUUCGAAGAAAACGAGAACAUCAACGAUGGUCAGGACACGCUGACUACUAGAGAUACCAUACCAGAACCAGCGACAGGCGAUAGUCACGGUACAGAGCAUGGCGGUCAUGACGCUGAAGACAUGACCUACGGCCGAAUCACAAAGACCUGGGACCAUGACGACUCCUGUGUCAUCAUGCCUGUGUACGACGCACGCGGAAAGUUCUCACACACAGGAGGAUGUCUUGAGCUGCGGUACGGCCGUACGACCGUGCGUCUGGACGUGCCAGCCGGUGCAGUUCCACGGGGAGAAGCUAUGGAGCUCUUCAUCCGAGUUCUGCCUUCAAGGGGCAGGGUCGAACCCACGGCAGUCUUCUGUGGACCGCAUGGGACCGUUUUCGAAACCCACGUGACCCUGUCCUACAGCACAGACGAUGAUGGAGGAAAAGCCGCUGUCCAAGGCUUCGUCACGCCCACAGACUUCGGGGACCCGACCCGCUGGCACGACAUUGGUGAUGAUCCCGACACGAGCUUCAAGGCGGAGGAUGGCAUGCAUCACUUCAUGCUGAAGCACUUUACUGGGCUCACGAACGGUGCCAAUAGCGCCACCAAGCGGACUAAUCCCCAACAGCAGGACCACAUCAUCAAAACAUUUCACCUGUACCAUGAUUAUCAGGUGUUUCAAGCAGAUGGGAAAAGGAUGACAUUUCUCAUUCUUCGACUCUACAUCGCAGAUGAGGACCAGGCAGAGAACAUUAAAGCCAGUGAGAAGAACCUUGGGGGCAGGCUAUGUGAUGCACCCAGGUGCCUGACCUUCACAGUGGACAAUGACAACCCACUGCAGAUCAACCUUACCCAUCCCUUUGAGCAUGCCUGGAACUUUGUGGGGCCUCACUUGCAGACCAUGGACAUCAGGACCAUCAGGGGGACCAGACUAACCAGCUGCCAGUUCAGAAUGUCCUCUGCACACAGUGCAGCAGCCCACUGUAAUGUGGAGCUGUCCCAGCCAGGCAACAGCAGUGACACCUUGGGGGUAAACAUAGUGCCUCCACAGCAACUACAGUGUUGCUGCCAGGGGAGGCCUAACAGGCAGCUAGAGUAUGAAAGGCACUGCCACAACAACACAGGGUACGAAGAGAGCGAUCCUGAAGAUCACCUGCAGGGGGCAGUAGGUGGCUAUCUUACAGCUUCCAACCUCCCGGUGAGCCAGUGUGCAGAGGAGACAGGGUCAGUGCAACAGGAUGGGAAGCAUCCUGUGGAAGAUGCCUGCCCUUGUCAAAACUGUCAAGUGCACAUGGAGGGCCAGAGCUGUCCUACUGAAGAUACCUAUAUGGGCUGUCAUUUGUGUACAGAGGAGAGCAGCAGUCAAACUUCUGUGCCAACAUACCCUGGUACUGCCAGUGAGGAGCCACACCUAAAGCUGUCCACAGAGGAGAGCAGGAGUCCAACUCUGAUGCCAACACACACUGGUACAACCCCUGGGCAGCCACACACACACCUGUGCACAGAGGAGAGCAGCAGUCCAACUUCGAGGCCAACACAGCCUGGUACAGCCCCAGAGCAGCCACACACACACCUGUGCACAGAGAGAAGCAGUCCAACUUCGAGGCCAACAAAUCCUGGUUCAAUCCCAGAGCAGCCACAUGCACAGCUGUCACAGUCUCACCAGACAGGUCUCUCCACAGAAGUACCUGAACAUCACUUGUCAGUGCAACUAGCCAGUACUAAUCAACCUGCCCAAGAAUGCUCUCCACUGGUCCCAAUGGCUUCUCAUCACCCCUCAGAGCAUCCUGAAGGGUCCCAACAGAACAGCCCAUGGCAGGGUGCAGUAGCAAAUCCCCUUGUUCCACCACAUCAGCCUGGCAACAAGGUUCACAAGUUACUGAAAAAGCUCAACCUUGGAGCAAGGUUUGCCCAAAAGUUGUCAGACACUGUAAGGAAACCAAAGACGAAAUCCAAACCUUCAAAAGAGCAAGCAUCACCAGAUGUGCUAGAAGCUGGGACAGAGGACGAAACAAAGGGGGCAAACUCGAGGGAUACACACCUGCCAGACCAAGAGGCCACCCAAGCUACACAGAAGAAGAAGGACAGUGCCUACAUCUCAGGUGUGCCUGAAGAAUCUGAGGGUGGAGAAAGGUUUGAUCCACCAGAGGACUACCAACAUCUCAGGGAUUGGCAGAGAGACAGUGGAGUCCAUGGUGAGGAAAAACAGAGCCAGGAUGAAGGGGAAGCUGAGGAUCUUCAUGGCAGAAUUGGGAAUUCUCUCAAACCUAUUGGUGACAUUGACAGUGGCAAUCCUUUCCCACUUGAAGAAGUGGGCCAUACAAGCAGUGCAGGUGAAGAGCAGGCAGUCGUCAUCAGGAGAGGCGCUGACACAGAGAAAGGAGAGAGGGAGAGUGGCUACACUUCUGGAGUGCCGUCAAUGUGCGCUGAUGACCCUGAGGUCUCCUAAACUCACACAUGAUACACUAAAAUUUGGAAGAUUGUGGUGAUAAACAGUUUUUGUCAGAUGACGCCUUUACAAAUAGCCAUGCUGCUUACCUACAGUGUAUCAAAUUUGAACUAGGCAUACUGGUAUUAUGAUCCCUAACCAGGGCUCUAGCCAGCUCAAAUUUUUUUUUCCGUCAGCCAAUUCCCAUUGUCGCAAAAAACGCGAAAAUUAGGUUAGAAAGACGGAACUGAGACCUUGAAAAAUGGGUUUUAAUGAGAUUAUCGUAUGCAAAAGGGCGCCGACACACUAAGUCAACAAUCAUAACAAAAAUACAAACACAAAUUUCCGUCACACGCAGCAAAUUUUCGUCAAUUGACGGAAAAACGGACGCUGGCCAGAGCCCUGUCCCUAACAAACAAUGUAUAGAUAUUUUCCCAGCUUGAGUACUCCUCCUUAAAUGUACUUAGUCUGGAGAGUCCAGUGUGAGAAUCACAAGACUUGGACAACAGAGGGACUAUAAAUCUGGUAAUGGUUUGAUAACUUUUUACAUAUAUUGUACAUGUAGCAACAGAUAACACUAAUUUUGCAUAACAUUUUGCAUUGUAUUUAGAUUUGACAGAAAAACUUAAUAGGUACACAGGUAUCAUAGUCAAUACCAUUGUAAUACCAGAAAUAGACUGUUUGGUUAGUAUGUGUAAAUGUAGUCUAUUCAGAAACAUACCACCUGUUUCAUUAUGGAUACUUUUCGUUUUGUCUGUCUUUGGAUUGUAAUGUUUAUACAAACAUUAGCGAUCAUGUCUGUAAUGGCCACUGGUCCCAUUGUUUAAUUCUUGUGUUGGUGAGGAAAAGAAAUGAAAUUCAAAUCAAGAUGUACAAAUUAUGUAAUACUGUUUACACCCAAGCCAGGAGCAAUAAAUAAGUUAGUCAGAUUCA